ACAGAAAGACAGGGAGGAGAUUUUAGGGGGAAAACAAAGGGAAAGAAAGGAAACACAAAAAUCAAAGGGUUUUCGCGACAGAUAUCCAGCCGCAUUAAAGAGCUGAAUUAAAGAGUUGCAAAAGUUGCAUUCCUCUUUCAGGAAUUUCGGAUCUUCCCCUGAAUGAUCCCCGCAGCCCUGAAACCUACGAUGGAUUCCCUCAACGCUGUUCUGCGCUUCUUCACCAACCAGAAGACCACCAUCGGGUACGGUGCCAUGGCCAUCGCGACCAUCGGCGGACAGAAGAUCUUCACUCUCUUAUCCUUCCAGUGUCCGUGCACUCUAAAGCAGAACAUGGCUUACGGGCUCUCGUACCUGCUCGGACCCGCGUUCGUGCUCUUCGUAGUCGGCCUUUUCCUGAGCACGCGCCUCUGGCGCCUCUACACGGGCUGCUGUGUGAACCCGAGAAAACUCUGUCCUCACAGGAGGAGCUGCAUGGGCUGCUUUUCCGUGCUUUUUAGUGUGAUUGUUGGAGCGCUCGUGGCACCGAUCAUGUGGCUGAGCUUCGCCUUGCUGAACGGCGUGUUCUACGAGUGUGCGGUGAGCGGUGUGAACGAGCAGGCAGUUGUGGACUGGUUUUGUAAAAACAGGACCAUGGCAUGCAAGAACGAGCUCGCCAAAGUCCCGUGUCAAACGUCCAGCUUGUCAGCAGCAGACACCAAGGAGCUCAUGCUAAUGCUACGCGCCCAGUCUCAGAUCCUCGGCUGGGUCCUGAUCAUGAGCGCUGCUUCGGCCGCUCUGAUCGGCACAUGUUACAAAAACUGCUGCUCUCGAGUGAGCUAUAUGCAGCUCACUUUCUUUAAAGUGUACAAGCAGAAAGAGAGCGAGAAGUUCGAAACCUUCGCAGACGAGUAUGCCACCCGGCUGGCCGACAGGAACCUCAAGAGCUUCUUCGAGAACAAAGACCCCGAGGCGUUUCCUUUUCCGAACCACACAGCCUGGGAGCAGAUCUCCGCCAUGUACACGUAUCAGCGUGGCGAGCAGUAUUACAGCACGCUGCAGAGAUUCGUGGAGAGUCCUAACCGUGACUACACUCCGGAGAAAAUGCCACUGGAAGGGGAACACAGCCUUGAAUAGGCAUGGAUCUUAAUGAGAACUUACAUUACAUUUUCCCUGGGGUUUCAGUUUACUGGCUAGCAAGCGUAGUAGCAAAGCUAGUUGAAGAACAAUCCAAAGUGGACAUUCCAUCAGGAUUGGUGACGCCCAUGUUAGCUGUGUCUAAUUGCUAUUGAAGAAGUUACUUAAAUGUCCUUAAACUUAAGCUGCCUGGUUCUAACCACUAACUUAACCCUGUUAACAGCUGAUGCUUAUUGAACAGGUAAAAACAAGCAUCAUUUAUAAAUCUCAGGUUUCAUUUCAAAUUA